CAGAGUUUUCACCCUUCCCGCACUCAUCGACACGGGCUACGGCGAAGGGCGUAUCAAAAUCCAAGCGUGCAAGGAGGCGUGUAAUGUGUCGCCGUCGUUGCUUUCUCUAGAUUUACGGGUAGUCGCAUUCUAUUCGUGGUGUUCUCGUAGGUUGUCCAUGCUGAGGAGAGCUUAUUUGGGUCGAAGGCAGCAAUUCGAACAGGUCAUCUCAACCACUAAGCUCCCCUCGAAUUUCAGCACAUCCUCUCUCUUUUCAUACCCUCUAUCUCGUCGAUGUCCGCUCACAACUGCUGUGAAUCCUCAGUUGGAUACAUCCCGACUUCAUUCUUCCGGAAACCAAGUAUCUGGCUCAACUCCUUCGGUUUUGACGACAAACAGAACGCCAGCGAUACAUUCCUCGUAUCCGUAUCAAAAUCUGCCCACCGACCUUCUCUUCUCCUUGCUAUCCAGCAUACCCAGCGAGGAAGAUGCAUUGAACAAAAUACGCGCCUCUCCGGCUCUUUCAAAACAUCUAUCGAACAGAGAAAGUGCGAGGAAACUCGCCGAAGCCAUGGCUCUUCGCCCGGUCCCCCAUUUCGCCAUUCGAGUGCUUCAAUUGGCGUAUACCCUUGGCUGUCACCACAGACAGGCCGCAUACGAGUGUGCAGCCCAUUUCCUUGCAAGUGUUCAACGAUGGGACCUUGUCCUUGCUAUAAUUGGGAUAGGGAAGGCUCACACGGGAAAAACUACGCUUCGUUUAUUAAAUUGGCGCGUCCGUGCCCUGGUGGAACUAGACCGACACGAUCUUCUUCAGCAUAUGUUGAAAGAGUUUCACGAAAGUCGACUUCGACCCAACAGACGGAGUUUUCAUCUGCUGGUUUCUGGUUGCAUACGCAACCGCGAUCUAGCAAGGGCGAAGGAAUUACUCGGUACAAUGGAGCAAUUUGGCAUCCCUGUAGAUCACACUACGCAUGCCAUUGUAGCGAGAUAUUACAGAGCUUUCGGUUGCAACACACAAGUACAAAACCGUGUAUUGAGGUCGCUUUCGGCUUUGAGUCAGGGUAUGGCCACUCUGGUUCUCAACAAUCUGAUGCAACUUCGGCUAGAUGCCCACGACAUUCCAGGCUCGUUAGAGAUACUGUCGUUUUUCCGUCCCAUCGCCGCUACUCCCAUCGCCGAAAUCGUCUAUGGCGUAUCUGGGGGUACCACCAUCCCGGGCGACGGCGACCGCUCACCACUUUCACAGAAUCGCCUCUCGAAUCCCAUCAUCCCUAACGCGGAAACGUAUUCUAUAUUCAUGAACCAUUUAAUCUCUGUCGGUGCACACUCCCAAGCUCUCGAAGUCUUUAAUACCAUGAUGUCCGCUGAUAUUCCCAUGAAUGCGGAGUCAAUCGCAUCGUUGAUUCACCUUCUGUUCGCAUCAGAACAGGGUGCUACGGCUGUAAAGCUGGUCUCUGACAUGUGUGGUCCGCGUCAGUUUCCGUGGGAGGCUUUCCCCCCAUUCAGGCCGGACCACACUUCCAACCUCCCUUCACACAUUUCUGGUGUGCAGCCGACUAAUCGCAUCAUGAACGCAUUACUGAAGGGCUCGCUACCCGUUUGUGGACUGCUUUGUGUUGAGGGUGUGAUGCAGAUUAUGCAUGCCAACAAUAUCUCACCAAACGCGAGCACUGUCGAGAUUCUACUUGCGUACUUGGGACGGAAAGGUUCUCGACCCAAGGAACUUGUGCGCCUACUGUUCAAACUCUGUUCAUCCAAGAUUCACAUUCAACCUACUAUACGGCAUCUUCAUCCCAUCCUCAAUUCCAUUAUCCGUCAUGAGCGGUUCUUGGCUUUCGGAUCUGGAUGGAAUUCUAUCGCUGCCAGAUUCAACCGAACUAGAGGACCGAAACCCUCGGUGCCUUCAAGUUCAUUAUCCGAGUCGAAAAUUCAUGAGCCUGUAGCGGGCAUUGUGCCUUUGCGACGAGUAGACCGUCGUGCUUUGCGACCUGUUCUAGAGGACCUGGCGAAGCGAAACGUCAAGCUCGAUGGCGUUGUGGCAGGUUUGCGUAUGAAGCAAGUGGCCGGAAAUCAGAUCGACGUUGACGCUGCGCGAGACGUCUUCAGGAUGAUGCUUUCGCGGGGACACAAACCCACCGAGUAUCACUUCAGUUCUCUCAUGGAGGGAUGUGCUCGAUACGGAGAUCUGCGGGCAGCGACAGACGUACUGAGGUCGGCGGCAGAGAUCGGGAUAAAACCCAACGUGGUCAUGUUCACGAUUCUGAUCGCUGGAUAUGCUCGUCAAGGUCAUCCUGAGCAAGCCAUUAGAACGUUCCAGAGGAUGAUUGAAUGCGAUAUUCGACCUGACAUAGCGGCCAUUGAUGCCGUAUCGAGUGCGUUCUUUGCUGUCGGUGCAUAUGUUAUGGCCAGACGGACUCUGAUAAUAAUGUGGCGUUAUAUCGAACCGUUUCCUGAAAACCUGCGUUCAGUGCCGCUGAAACAGCUUGCUUCAGCUUUUCGCUCAAUACAGGGUCAUGACCGCAGAUCACUUCAUCCACUUUCGAGAGCUGAACGGAUUGCAAUGCACCAGCAAAUCGCUCGACUUCUGAAGGCAUGGGAACGUUAUAUUGUGGAACAAGAUGGAUGUACAAAUAAGAUUGCUGAUAAAAUGAACCAGUUUGAGUAA